GAAAAUGAUGAAAGCAAGAAAUCCCCUCGAUUUAUUGAAAACUCAGCUUAACGUAGAAGCUUGGAAACAACUCCUAUACUGGGCUAGUUCAAAAUUGAAUUUUAAGCUUACCUCUACACUAAUACUUGUGUCACCAGACCAAGGCCCUGGAUUAGAAGAAACACAGGAUGACCUGCUACUUGCUUUAAAGCUCCAGAGGAUCCAAUUGAUCAAGAUAAUAAGAACUUUCACCAGAACUCUUCAGAGGUUUAGGCAAAUGCUACAAAGUCCUUACUGUCCACUCCAAACCCUCAUAAAUUAUCAAUAUUACUCAGAGAUCAUUGAUAAGAUCUACCAAAGAGCGGUUCGGGAAGAUGAAGUUAUUUUUCAGAAACUUGCUCAUCUCUGAAUGAGAUCAAUCCAGAACUUGAUUUCAGUGGCAUCUCAAGGGCUAGACUUAUCCCUCAAAACUCUUAAACCCACUAAACGAAUGAGGAAGGGUAGUGAUAUUACUCAGGAAGAAUCCAGGGCUCUUACAUGUACAAACACUAAAGAUGUAACUGAUUCUGGAUUCUCCCCUUGUUCGAAGCGAAGUAGUCUUUGCACGAACGAAAAUGAGACAGCUUUUAAAAGAUUUAUUUCUUCAGAGAGUAGGAGUCUGGAUACUCCUACUUCUGCAAAGGUUUAGGAUAAGAAUCCGGACAGCUGCGUUUGUAAAAUAAUUCAUUUUAUAAAAUAUUUCCCAG